GAUGCUGUGGGGCUGGGCUGGGGGCAUUACUGUUCUCCUAUGUGUUCCUGGUCCCAGUAGAGUGCCAGUCACCCCAUAGGGAUGCUGUGGGGCUGGGUUGGGGACACUGCUCUGACCCCCAGGUGCAGCCCAUCCAGCCGGCCCCAGCGCUGUCCCAGCCAGCCGUGGUCAUCACCAGCCCAGCCCCAGCAGCCAAGGCGACCCCGGCCCCCAUCCCCAUCACCUGCUCAGAGACCCCCACCGUCAGCCAGCUGGUGUCCAAGCCCGCAGCGCCCAACAGCAGCGCCGAGGAGGACGGCAUCAACCUGGAGGAGAUCAGGGAAUUCGCCAAGAACUUCAAGAUCCGGCGUCUGUCCCUGGGGCUGACGCAGACGCAGGUGGGGCAGGCGCUGACGGCCACCGAGGGACCGGCGUACAGCCAGUCUGCCAUCUGCAGGUGCGGCGUGGGGAUGGGGCAGCCCCUACAGCCUCCCCGUGUGGGUCCUGAAAGGUCGUAGAGCCAUGGGGUGGUUGUGUUGGAAGGGUCCUGAAAGGUCGUAGAGCCAUGGGGUGGUUGGGUUGGAAGGGUCCUGAAAGGUCGUAGAGCCAUGGGGU